AUGGAAAAUGUAUCCUCUGUUAGCAGGCACUUUGUUCUCCUUGGACUUGUGGAGAUGGAAGAUCUGAGAUAUCUCUACUGCAUUCUCUCCCUGUUCCUAUACAUAUUUAUACUGCUCUUGAGCUUGGGGAUUGUGCUUGUGGUUCUGACAGAAGAAAACCUCCAUGAGCCCAUGUACAUAUUCAUAUGUAAUCUUACCUUCAACGGGAUGUUGGGGAGCAGCUCUUUCUUCCCCAAGCUGAUCAUUGACUUGUUGGCUUCGUCCCAUCAGAUCUCACACGUUGGCUGCUUUCUGCAAGUUCUCUUCAUGAUGAUUUAUGUCUUAUUUGAGAUAUCCUCAUUCACACUCAUGGCCUAUGACCGAUACCUGGCUGUGUGUGAGCCCCUGAGAUACUUCACCUUAAUGACCAAUAAGAAAGCAGUACAACUCAUUCUGGGUUUCUUUGGUUUGUGUUUUAUCUCCGUCUCCAUUGCCGUUAUCCUUUCGGCGAGACUUUCCUACUGUGGGACGGGCAUCAAGAAUGUUUUUUGUGAUAACCUUUCCCUCAUUGUCCUGUCCUGUGGGGAUUCUUCUGUAAAUAAUCUCUAUGGACUCGUUGGUACAAUUGUUUUCUUGGUGUUGACCCUACUGGCCAUCGCUUAUUCCUACCUGAGGAUCUUUAUGGUUUGUUUGAAGAUUUCCAAGGAAGCCUGUGAGAAAGCCAUUCACACUGUGGUCACCCACUUACUUGGCUUCUCUCUCUUCUUGGUUGGAACUUUCUUUGUUUUCAUCCGGUUCCGACUGGGGAACAACAAUCUCCCCCUUUUUGCCCACAUUCUGCUCUCUGUAACAUUAGUGGUUGUCCCUCCUCUCCUGAACCCCCUGAUAUACGGAAUAAGGACUAAAGCAUUGAGUGAAAAAAUCUUUCAUCAUCUGCAAAAAUUCAAUUUAUUAUAA